AUGAUAGGAACUGAUUCUUAUCAUAUUAUCAUUGAAAUACCUGAGUCUCAAGAUAACCAUUCAUUACUAGAUUAUAGAUAUUCUCCGAUCGAAAUUACAGCAAUAGAUACAUCAAGUGAGAACAGAUCUAAUAUGGCCACUAACGACAUUGAACCCUUAAAGGCAAAAUUCUUGGGUGAUGGUAACAUUCGUUUGUAUAGGGAAUUUGAAGAAGAUGAGACUUCGCUGGACAUUCUUUCUUCCACAUCAUCAGUAGCCUCAGAACCAUUUUCCUAUCCAAAUGCAACAGAAGGUGAUGAUACAAUGGUGUCAAUAAUUGCCGUACCUACCUACUUUACGGCUACAGACUUAUUGGGCUUCAUUGGCGAUUCAUAUAUGAAGUACAUUACGCAUUUACGAAUUCUUAAGAGUGAAAAGCCUAAUCGGUUUUUAGUUUUGAUAAAAUUCAAUGACAUAUUAAAAACGGCCGAAUUUCAAUUGAAAUAUAACGGCAAGCCAUUUAACUCGAUGGAGCCAGAAGCCUGUCAUGUUGUGUUUGUCAAAUCAAUUAGAUUUGACGCAGGGGGUCAAAUAGAUGAUAUUUCUUCAGAAGCCUCGGAAUCUUUGAUACCAUUCUUGUUGAAUGAUCCUUUUACAUCUCCACCAGUAUCUCACCCGAAUAGUCCCAACCCCAAAUCAUCGGCAUUAUUCAAGAAGCAUACCAAUGGGACUCUAAUGGAAUUGCCUACAUGCCCCGUAUGCUUAGAUAGAAUGGACUCAACAGUCACUGGAUUGUUAACUAUACCCUGUCAGCAUACAUUCCACUGCCAGUGUCUUUCUAAAUGGAAAGAUGAUACCUGCCCGAUAUGUCGCUAUUCCAAUAAUGUAUCCAAUCAGAAAAUACGGAGAUCAAUUAGACGAUUACUGCAAUUCAGCUCCUCGAGAUCACAGCAUGCAACACCCUUACCUGGUCCUUCCAAUUCGUUUAGUACCCCAAAUGAUGGGAUAUCCAAUAUUGACAGUGGCGAACGUUGUUUCGAUUGUCAAGUUGAUUCAAAUCUUUGGAUUUGCCUUAUUUGUGGGAAUCUAGGUUGCGAUAGAUACGCGCCAGAACAGCAUUCACUAAAGCAUUUUAUUAAUACGGGUCAUUGUUUUGCGAUGGAACUUAACACAUCUAGAGUAUGGGAUUACGCAGGAGAUAAUUAUGUUCACAGGUUAGUAGCAAACGAAUCAGAUGGGAAAUUGGUUGAAUUACCCGAAAAGGAAACAUAUAACAGUAUUAAUGGGCAAUUCAGUGCGUUUGGCAACUCCAACAUUAAUUUCAAAUCAAAUAACGCCAAUCCCAAUUUUGAUAAGGUUGAUGAGGUUGGGUUUGAAUACUCUCAAUUAUUAAUCAGUCAGUUGGCAAGUCAAAGAGAGUAUUAUGAAUCUCUCCUAAAUGAUAGGGCGGGCUCGCGGUCCCAUCGUGCAUCCCUUGCAUCAGAUACUACCUCCAACCAAAAUUCUAUUAAGGACCUAGAAGCUAAAUUCGAAGAGAUGAAUGGAAAACUAAUUGAUCUAACUACAAACACCAUUCCAUCUUUAAAAAGCAAAAUUGCUCUUAAAGAUGCAAAAAUUAAUGCAUUAACAAAGGAGCUAAAUAACUCGAAUUCUUUGAAUGAUGGCCUUUCGUCUAAAGUCGAAUAUCUAUCGGAUGAAAAUAAACAAUUGACAACACAAAAUAAAGACCUAACGGAGCAAGUUAAUGAUUUGAUGUUUUAUUUAGAAAGUCAAGAAAAAUUUAAAAAUGAGCCUGAUGAUGUUCGAGAUGGAACGGUAGUCAUACAGCAAAAUCAAACUUCUCGAAGAUCUAGACCCAAAAGCAAAAAGAAGAAAUGA